GGGGGCGACAUGAAUCAGGCCGACGAUCCCGGAAGUUUCACUGGAACCUCUGACGUGUCAAAUUCUCGCCAUUUUCUUGAGGAAGGAAACGCCUCGGAGAGGAAAAGAAAGAUAACAACUGUGUUUCUCCAUACCAAAGUGGGCUCCCAUCACCUGCCAUCAUGGGGAAUGUGUUCGCGUCCCUCUUCAAGUUUCUGGGGAAGAAGGAGAUGAGGAUCCUCAUGGUAGGUCUGGAUGCUGCCGGGAAGACAACCAUCCUGUACAAGCUCAAACUGGGAGAAAUCGUGACGACCAUUCCCACAAUAGGUUUUAAUGUAGAGACAGUAGAGUACAAGAAUAUCAGCUUCACGGUGUGGGACGUCGGCGGUCAAGACAAAAUUCGACCGUUGUGGCGUCAUUACUUUCAGAACACACAGGGUCUCAUCUUCGUCGUGGACAGCAACGACAGAGAGCGAGUGAAUGAGGCCCGCGAGGAGCUUAUGAGAAUGUUGGCGGAGGACGAGCUGCGUGACGCCGUGCUAUUAGUGUUCGCCAACAAACAGGACCUUCCAAAUGCCAUGAACGCAGCAGAAAUCACAGAUAAGCUGGGACUGCACUCGCUCCGCCAUAGACACUGGUACAUCCAGGCAACCUGUGCCACCACCGGGGACGGCCUCUACGAAGGACUUGAUUGGUUGUCUAAUCAGCUCAGGAACUCAAAAUAAUCACCUGCUAUCCUCAACUAACAUACUGUACCUACUCUCUGUCCUUGCUCUCUACUCUUCUAGUGUUGAAAUUGACCUACCUUGUCCAAAAAACAAAACAAAAACAAAACAAACAUACUGGAAGUCGUCCUCUCUUCAGCUGUAAUUACAACACAAAUCCAGGCCAGGAGGGGAUGAUCUGUUCUUGUAAAGCUGUCGGAUUUCUUAUUUAAUGUUAAUGUAUAUACAUUUGGUAACGGGGCAGCUUAUUGCACACUUACAAAAACCUACCGUGGUUGUUUCUCUUCCUGGCCGUCGGGCAGCCAUAUGUGUAUUGAUUUGAGAAAGGGAGGCAAAGAUUAAAAAUGUACCAGCUAACUUUGGCCCCAGGACCUCAGCGCAACCUGAUGACUUAUUUUUUUAUCAGCUUGUCUGUUAACCGGUAAUGUGUACUGUAAGGAGUGUUUCAUGAGGGGGAGGAGCGGGGCAUCAACUAUCAGUGAUCGAAUUACACGACACUGAUGCACUACUUGCAACUAGGAUGGUUACUUCAGAACGUCUACCAGUAUCCAGCGUCGAAAAAUAUCAUUUAGCAAACACUGGCAUUAGUCGUACUAUCUGUACUGUGAGAUUACUCUGUCCAAGUCCAAGAACUCCUGUGAACACUUAACCAGCCUUUGUUAUACAGUAUGUCAGUUGUUAGCUUGAAUUGAGAAAUGCUGCCACGAUCCCUCAUCUACCUGCUUUACGACCGACAGAGAGGCAGUCUGCUCGGGCCGGCGUUGGGUUUUUGUGUUUGUUAUGACAGUGUCUCAGGUUGAUCAUGUUCUGCCUUUGCAAUAUACCUGAAUUAGCAAAAAUGCAUGAUGUGGUCUGUUAGCCUUCAAGGACAUGCGGAUGAUUGUCUACACGGGACUGGCUCUUUGUUUACAUCACCAGGCUGCACAAGAACUGUUCCUCCACUGAGAAUGAAUGGUAACAGCCUUAUACGGUCACCUGAUGUAUGUACUGUGAUGCAAAAUGACUUGCACACAAUGAUGUCCUAGUGUCCUUAACAGUAGGCUCCAUCAAAAAGAAAAUGCCUUUUUUUUUUUUUUUUUUAUUGGAGAGCUGAUCAACACAUUCUAGGGGAAGGCAUUUUGAUGGCAAUACAAAAAAAAAAAAAAAAAUCAGAUUGAGCGAAAUGUUUAGCGUAGUUCUAGUAAGUCUUUCUUUGCUGCACAUGUUGUCCAAACAAGAAGCCGUACCAAUGCCUUCUUUGCCAAGACUCAUGUUGCCUCUUAUUUUUAAGCUUCUCAUCUAAAGGUGUGGGUGUUUCUUCACUCUCCUGCUCUGGAGAUGUCUUAGUGGUGCAUUAAAACACUUUUUGAUUGAUAACUGCCUAAAUGUUUGUUGGGAACUGUAUGUUAAUCUCUUAGCCAACUUUGUCUAUUAAGCAAUUUUUUUUAUGUUAAGUUACUUUAGCUCUUGUUUUGUGAGGAAAAGCACUGUAAUUAAAGCGACUGGAUAAAAUGUGUCAUUCAUUAUUUUGUCUCACUCUAUGCAAUAAAGUCAAUUGCUGAAUGGUAUGACGCA